AUGUGUAUCGACGCAAACAUUGACACAAAACUUACGUUUAAAGAGUUGAUUACGAAAUCAAACGCAUUGGCGAUGGCUUUAAUUGAGAGGGGAAUCAAUAAAUCAGACACUAUUUUGACAUUUGCUGAAAACUCGAUUGAAUUGGCAAUUGUUAUAAUGGCUUCUGUAUUUUUGGGCACAACUUUAUACCCAAUUAGUCCCAUCGCUAACGUCUAUGAAUUGGAGAAGUUAUUUGAAACACUGGACUCAUUGGUUGUCUUCACCUCGCAAUCCAAGUCUAAUGCAAUGAAAACCAUUUUAAAUAAUCACAAAUCAAAAGCGGCCGUAAAAUCGGUAUUUAUGGUGAACGGAGUGUUUGGUAAUUAUAUCACUUUUGAUGAACUGCUCAAAGAGGGUCACAACAAAUGUUUACCACAAAUACCAUACUUUGCUGUCAAAGACCCUCGAAAUGAGACAUUUGUUAUCCUUCAGAGUUCGGGAACUACUGGUGUCCCGAAAUCGCUGUUAAUAUCCAACUAUUCAGUUGUUGCAUAUUUACACGCUAUGAAAAGCGACAUUGAAUCCGAUUUUCACAAAAACAAUAUCGACGGACAGCCGGUGUUCGGUCACAUCACACCAUUUGGUUGCGUAUCCGGCAUCUCAUCCCUAUUGGGAUACAUAUUCUGUGGAUUCUCUGUCGUUAUAUUCAGAGAGUAUAGCGAAGAGUUAAUUUUAAAGUCUAUUGAGAAAUAUCACGUUCACAUCCUAUUCAUUACACCAGCUUUUGGAUCGGCACUAAUAUUAGGACCGUUUGCCGGUAAAUAUGAUUUGUCGAGUCUGAGAGUCAUAGUUAGCUCAGGCGCUGCUUUUACCGAAAGUGUUGGCAAAGCUAUUGUCAAUAAAUAUGAUGUAUUACUUCAAGAAAUUUACGGAAUGACAGAAGCUGGAAUCAUAACUCACAUGCCAUAUUUUAAUAAUGGUGAUGAGUAUAUGGCCGGCAAUUUGGGUCAACCCAAUAAUAAUGUGGAGAUCAAAAUUAGGGACACAGUCACCGGCGAGAGUCUCGGCCCCGGUUUGGGCGGCGAAAUCUGCGUUCGCGGGCCGAUGCUCUUCAAGGGGUAUCUCAAUAAUCCUUUGGCCACAAGUGAGGCCAUUGAUGACGAGGGAUGGCUUCACACCGGAGAUAUCGACUCAAAGAACUCAUUAAAUACGAAACGAUUGCCACUCAAAGAACUCAUUAAAUACGAAACGAUUGCCGUCUCUCCCACAGAGAUUGAGCUCUUUUUAUUGACCCACAAAUGUGUGGCAGAGGUGGCAGUGGUUGGCGUCAAACACGAGACACAGAGUCAAUGGGUUAGGGCUUAUGUCAAAGUGAAAGAUGGGAUGUCUGUCACCGAAGAAGAGCUCAAACAAUAUGUCGCAGAUAAUUUGAAUGAAGCAAAACAAUUGAGAGCCGGCGUUGUGUUUGUCGAUCACAUCCCGCGGACAACAAUCAGAAAAGUCGAUCGAAGAUAUUUCAAACAAUUGAUUGCCAAUGAAUUGAUUAAAAGUCAAUGAAAUAAUUCAUACAUUAAAUUACAACAAAUUACUGUAAAUUAUUUUUAUACUGCUAUUAAAUGGCUAUUUUUAUCAAAUAAUUUAAACAUUUUAUCAAUAAAACAAUAAACAUUAAAAUUUUAUUAAAGUUUUAUAGCAUUUCAUUUGUAUAGUAUUGAAAAGACUAUUACUUUUUUUAAACGACAAUUAA